UUAUGGACUGGCAAGUGGCAAUUAUCUUACAAUACGAUUGGUUAACUUUUCGGCGGCUGAAAAAUAUUAAAAUCCCAAACAAUAAACAGGCAGCAAAGCAAGACAGAAGCAAAGAGUUCCAUUGCUCGACGUCUCUCUUCCUCUAGUCGACUGGAAUACUGAAGCAUGGCCGUCGUCGGAGUAUUGGCUUUACAGGGAUCCUUCAACGAACACAUAGCAGCUCUUAAGAGGCUGGGAGUGAAAGGAGUGGAGGUAAGGAAGCCAGAGCAGCUUCAGAAUAUCAGCUCUCUUAUCAUUCCUGGUGGAGAGAGCACCACCAUGGCUAAGCUUGCUGAGUUUCACAAUCUUUUUCCAGCUCUGCGUGAGUUUGUUCGAAUGGGGAAGCCAGUUUGGGGAACUUGUGCGGGUCUUAUAUUUUUGGCAAACAAAGCUGUUGGACAGAAAGAAGGAGGACAGGAAUUAGUUGGGGGCCUGGAUUGCACUGUCCAUAGAAAUUACUUUGGCAGUCAGAUCCAAAGCUUUGAGGCAGAGCUUUUAGUACCAGAACUUGCAUCCAGAGAAGGUGGCCCUGAGACAUUUCCUGGUGUUUUUAUACGUGCUCCUGCAGUUGUCGAAGUGGGGCCAGAUGUUGAAGUGCUGGCUGAUUAUCCUAUUCCAUCUAAUAAAGUGCUAUACUCUAGUUCAGCUGUUGAAUUCCAAGAGGAGAAUGCUGUGCCUGAAAAGAAAGUGAUAGUUGCCAUAAAACAAGGAAACUUGCUAGGGACUGCUUUCCACCCUGAGUUGACUGCAGACACUAGAUGGCAUAGCUACUUUCUAAAGAUGGCUCGUGAAUAUGGAGAGGGGACCUCAAAUACCAGUGUUGCAGUCAGCGGAGCGGAUCUAAGUUCUGACAAACAAACAAGAUAUGAUCUUCCUAUAUUUCGAUAAUCUAAGUGGCAAUGAGAUUAUUUUAGUCUUUCUCAGUGUUUUUUUUCUUUCCUUUUCUUCCUGUUUUAUUUUCUCCUCAUCAAUUAUAGUGUUUGUGGAUGUUCAAUAUCUUUCAAAAGGUUAGUCUUUCAAUUUGACAAAGUAUUCUUUUUAGGUGAUAUAUGGUUUUGAGACAGGUAAAGAGUUUGCUUUCUAUAUGGUAAAUAUAAUUUAAACUUACUUUUCA